UGUGUGCUUCUGGUACAUUUAAAAACACUAACAUCACACGGCCAUGACUGUUGGAUCAUUAAAGGGCAUGUAGUCACGCAUCCGCUCUAUUCCUGUUUCUAAGCAAGCGCACAUUGUUUAAAUAACGUCACCUCCAUAGUGUCCCAUUCGCGGUAUGCCUUGAGCUGUCAUAUCGCGGGCUUCUCUCUUCACGCCCACGAACUCACGCCCUUGUCUUCACUACCAACGGUGGAAUCCCAGCCAGCUGCGCAAGCAGCCAUUCCCGGGGAGCUGGGUAUUCCACUGAUACACGCGCCGUUACGUGAUUUAUUUAUUUAUUUGUAGGCUAGUUAUAUAAUAGCGAGUGACAAGACGUAUGCAUUUUCGACCUCGACUGUCAAACGAACUUCAUUUUUUAUGAAAGUCCAGGGGCUUUGAAUCUUUCACAUUUUGUGCACCAGUCAGACACACACUACAUCAGUAAGCUUUAAAAUACAAACAAAGUAGGUAAAAAACAACAGAAUUAGGAUCACAUCUAAGAACUAAGUAUCACAUCUAGCCAGGACGUAACUCCAAUCCACCAGCACAGCCUGUAGGCCUUCUACCAAAGCCCCACCACCAGCUCCUGUUCUACCAUUCCACAAGGCGAGAGGAAGAAUAUUGUUGCUGUUAUGGCGGAUCCAGGCCUGUCCUCUCCCACGGACCCAUCACUGCGGUCACCCCGCAACACACCCUUCUCCCUGUCCUUCCCCGUCCUGCGGGAAGGAAGCCGCGUGUGGGAGAGGGCACCGCCAGUUCCAGGGGAGCUGCCAAGCCCGUUGCCCACCAAGCGCACCCGCACCUACUCGGCCACGGUGCGGGCCACCUCAGGACCAGUCUUUAAGGGUGUGUGCAAAAACUUCUCCAGGUCACAGGGGCAUGGCUACAUCCGUCCUUCCCACGGUGGGGAAGACAUAUUUGUCCACAUCUCCGACAUCGAAGGGGAGUAUGUGCCGGUGGAGGGGGACGAGGUCACCUACAAGGUCUGCCCCGUUCCACCCAAAAACCUCAAGGUCCAGGCCGUGGAUGUGGUCAUCACGCACCUGAACCCAGGAACGAAGCAUGAGACCUGGUCAGGCCAGAUAAUCAGCUCCUAGGCUCUGGUCCUGGUCCUCUGAACACAGCGGGAAGGGUGGGGAGGGUUGGGGUGGGUUGAAGCAGAGCGGGGUGGGGUGGCUGGUAAAGGAAGAAGAGGGGAGCUCAGCUUAGAUGGAGUUACUGUGAAAGGUAGAUGGAAGUGAGAAAUGGGACACUGAAGGUUGCUGGAUAAGCAUCUUGAAGGGAAAUUCCAAGUUGACAGAAGAAUUGGAAACCAAAGUUGUGUUGGUUGUUGUGUCAGGGCGUGGGAAUGUAAGGCAAGACACAGGGGAUGCUCGAUACAAUGAGAGACUCCCACUCAAGUAAAUUGGUCCCUCUAUGAUGGUAACACAAGCAAUGAUUUAUUGUCCUUCUGAGUACAGUCAGCACCUGGCUUGUUACUUUGGCCUUUAUUUAUUUAGAUAUUUAUUUUCUAAUUUAUUACUCUUAUUUUGUUUGUGUUUGGUUGCUAGGAUAAGGGAUUUUCAAUAUAAAAUGAUACGCUGGAUUGGGAUCCAUAGUCAAAGAAGACAUUUAUGACUUGAAUACAAUUUACUGCCAAACUUACCACAACACCCAUACUGAAACAAUUGGGGCUAUUCAGGGCAAAUAAUCAGCUUCUAUGUAGAUACCUAUCAGAACUUUGUCAAAGUAGCCGUAGCCAUAUCAAAAUAAUUGUGUGAGUAAAAGAACACUUUAAAUUGUAGUUACUAUAGUUAGUUAUUUUCUACAAAACAAUAAUUUUCCAACUCAGAAUACGCAAAAUCAUAUAUAUUAAGGAUUAGAGGUAUUUUGAAAUAACUGUUAAGACAUCCAAACCUUCAUCAUGUAAUUGGUUGUGGAUUAAUUGCAUGUUUCCACCUUAUUUAUUUUUAUUUUUCGAUUCAGAGUUCUAUGCAUCUUUUCUAUGCUUGAGUUUGUCAGUAUUUGACUUUAUUUCAUGUAAUGUUUGUGGUACUAUAUGUACUUUCAUAUUUAAAUAUUGAGUUGGUACAUUUCUGAGCACUUUUCUUUCCGGUCAGAUCACUGUGACUGGUGUUAGAAGUAAUUUUAAUGUGAAUUUGAGAGUUAUUAAACAAUUUAUGAUUAAGAUA